AUUGAUGUUGAAGCAUUUGAAAUGAAUACAAAUUUAAUUACAGAAAUUGGUAUAAGUAUAUAUGAUCCUCGAGAACAAUUUACUUCUAUGGUUCCAACUAUUCAUAAUAUUCAUAUUAAAAUUCAAGAAAAUUUUGAUUAUCCUAAUGGUAGAUUUGUACCUAAUCAUGGUAUGAAUUUUAAUGGUGGUACAACUUAUCUUAUGAAAUUACAUUCAGCAGCAACUUUUACUCAAGGAUUAAUUAAUCAUUAUUUUAUAAAAUCAAGAUCAGGUGAUGUAAGAACUUGUUUAAUUGGUCAUGAUGUAAAAGGUGAUAUAAAAUGGUUAAAUACUUUAGGUAUUAAAUUUCCUAAUAAUGUACCUAUAAUUGAUACAAGUAUAUUAUUUAGUAUGUCACAAGGUAAAAAUGGUACAAGUUUAAAGAAUGCAUUAAUUAGAGUUCAAAUUCCUCAUGCAUUUUUGCAUAAUGCUGGUAAUGAUGCUUAUUAUACU